AUGGACGUCAGUGCUGUCAUAGCUGACGACCUACAGGAGUCCCGCCAAUCUACGGAAACGGUUGAAGUUCCACCGAAACAGGCACCUGCAACUGUAAAGGCAGCAGAUCCGCCGGAAGUUGAAGACCGACACACCUUGCAGGAAAGCGACACUAACUUGGAUACUGAAAAAAGUCCGUCGAGAGGCAAUUCUCCAAAGAAAAAUAAGACACGCCGGCUGGCGCGCAAAGGUGCAGAGGAGACAGCUCCCACACUCCGACAAAAAGCGAAGGAAAUAGGUAGUACCUUAAGCCAACAGAUCUGUAGCAGCACGAAAGCGACACCAGUUUCUGAGGAGCGUUCCCCUUCUGCGCUGGAAAAACGAGACGUCCAAGGAAAGCCAACAAAGAAAGCAUCCAACCACCCCCAAGAAACGAGUCACUCUCAUGAAGCUUCACUCGUCCCACCGACGACGACAACCUCAACCAGCUGGCCAGACGAAAGCGACCAUAACAAUGCCGACGAAGAAAUGACAGAAGUUUCAGAAACUAAGACAGACUGUAAGCUAGCCCCACAGGUGGCUGAUUUCUUCAAUGAAGACGUCUCCGCGAACGAACAUUCUAAAGAACAAGGACACACCACUGAAACAUUUGCUACCUGUGAAUAUUAUUAA